CCGAUGCCUAUGAUCAAUUACAUCCUGGAUCAAUUAAGGGAGGCACGAUACAUCAGCAGCCUGGACUUAAAGGAUGGAUACUGGCAAAUACCGCUGGAAGAGAAGAGCAGGCAGUAUACCGCGUUCACCGUCCCAGGAAAGGGUCUGUUCCAGUGGAAGGUGAUGCCAUUCGGGCUGCACUCAGCGUCGGCUACGUUCCAAAGGGCGCUCGAUCAGGUCAUAGGGCCUGAGAUGAUGCCGCACGCCUUUGCGUACCAGGACGAUAUUAUCGUCAUCGGACGGACGCUGGAGGAGCAUAAAAGAAACCUGAGGGAAGUGUUCCGAAGACUGCGAUCAGCGAACCUGAAGGUGAAUGUGGAGAAGUGCAAGUUCUUCAGGAAGGAGCUGCAGUACUUGGGACAUCGCAUCACUGACCAGGGAAUUGGAACUGAUCCGGAGAAGGUAGCGGCGAUAGCGUUGCUGGAACCCCCAGCCAACGUUAAGGAGCGGCAAUACUUGGGAGUGGCAUCGUGGUACCGACGCUUUGUACCCGACUUCGCCACGCUAGUCCAGCCACUAAAUGCCCUACUCCGGAAGAAGGUGAAAUGGGAGUGGACCGACGACCACCAGAAGGCAUUCGAGGCAGUCAAGGCCAGGCUGGUCGCAGACCCAAUCCUGGCAUGCCCAGACUUCACGAAGACGUUCGUCCUGCAGACAGACGCCAGCGACUAUGGGCUUGGCGCCAUACUCACGCAGCAUUCAGAUCAAGGCGAGAGAGAAGUUGCGGAAAUGAGAAUCAAGGUGGCGCAGAACCCGAAAAAAUACCCGGAUUACAUGCUGGAAGGCGAUCAGAUGUAUCGCCACAUACCCCGCAGGGCGGGGAACGAGGACGUGGUCGCGUGGAAGCUAUGCAUACCCAGAGGAUCAAUACAGAGGGUGAUAGCAGAAAAUCACGACGCACCAACAGCCGGUCACUUGGGCAGCAGGAAGACAAUCGCAGGAGUGACUGCGAGGUACCACUGGCUGGGCAUGCACAGAGACAUCAAGGCCUACGUACGUAGCUGUGAGAGGUGCCUGAAGUACAAGCCGAACCAGCUGCAGGCGGCAGGCAAGAUGUUGACGCAGAUUCCCGAGGAGCCGUGGGCGACAGCGACCACGGAAUCACUGCAGAAGGCGAUAAGGGAGAGAAUCGUCUCGAGGUAUGGCGUCCCGAAAAUCCUAAUCACGGAUAACGGGGUGCAGUUUACCAACAGGUUCUUUAAAAAAUUCCUGGAAGAGUUGGGUGUGCGACACCAGUUUACUGCGCCAUAUAUGCCUCAGGAAAACCCGACAGAAAGAGCAAACAGGACAGUAAAGACGAUGGUCGCCCAGUUCGCGGGGGCCGACCAGAGGACCUGGGACGACAAAUGGCCAGAACUACAGCUGGCGGUGAAUACCAGUAUAGCGGAGUCCACGGGUUACUCGCCAGCGUUAGUCACCCAGGGUCGAAAACCCAGGCUGCCAAAAGCUCUUUUCGACGAGCACACAAUUGGGACCGGAAAGGCGACACAAGCACCGAAGGAAAAUGCACAAAAACUUUCGGAAACUUUUGAACUCGUCAGGCGUAACAUGGGGAAGGCAGCGCAGGAUCAGGCACGACACUAUAACCUGAGAAGGAGGCCAUGGACGCCGAGGAUUGGCGCAAGGUCUGGGCCAAAGAGCACCACCUGUCUAAAGCAGUGGAAGGCUUCGCGGCGAAAUUGGCCCACAUAUAUGACGGGCCAUUCACAAUCACUAAUUGUGCGCGAGCGACUGGAGCGCGAGAAGCGGGACAGAGGAGGGUACUUUGGAGCGCGAUAG